CACAGUUAUCACACACUUGACUCGAUUUGUCUUUCUGAAUUUCAUUAUUAGCAUCCUGUUAAUGUUCAGAGUUGCCUUGCCUCAUCUGCACACACAUUCCUGCCUCCUCCCCUUUUAAAACCCCCCCUUUGCAAAAAGAACAAGUGGCCAUCCACGCUGCGAUAUUAGCCAGCAAUAACAGUGGAGCAAUGAUACGGUGAGCACAUUUUUGUUGUUUUGUUUGUGUGUAUCAGACCGUUGCUAUUUCCCUAUUUGGGGAAAAUAGGUCCAAGAGAUUGUGCCCCGAUCAGGGACCGGUCUGAAGGUGGAUAUCGAUUGGAGGAAGUUAUAGCAGGCUUUAUUAGAACGUGAACGGGCCAAAAAAAAGAUGCUGUUUUUGACAAAUGACUUUUCCACAGUAAUCUGAUUCCAACCUGCAGUAAACGAAUCGAUUUUCUUAAAAUUUUAUCUAAAUUAUCGAUCAAAUCAAACCUCCAAACUGAAACCGGUCGCUCCGCGCCUGAUCAUUAAAGUUAGUCACAUUAAUAUUUGGAUGCAGGAAUUUUUUUUCUUUUGAUCUGGAUUUUUUUUUUUUACAUCAACCAAGGAAGCAAUGGGUAACCUGGCUCUCAUUGGCCCGGCGUGUCACGUGCCAUUAUCACGUGCAUCGGGAGGAAAAAGGGGUUCUUUUGGUGUAAAUCUGGACUCUAAUUCCGUAAUAUAUCACCGUACCUCGUAAAACCGACACUGAAACGUCCCGGCCAACAAAUCACCGGCCAAAUUAUGAGUUCAUUGUAUUAUGCGAAUGCUUUAUUUUCGAAAUAUACGGCCGGAACUUCUGUUUUUCCAACGGGGGUAUUUUCGGAGCCAACUUCUUGUGCGUUUGCCUCAAACUCCCAGCGGUCUGGCUACGGCACAGGCUCGGCUUCGUAUGCUGCCACAGUGCCGGGUCUGUACAGCACAGGCAACAGUCUGCACCACCAGACCCCGACCAUGUACACGUCUCCUUAUGGCCUCAACGCGAACUCCUUUAACAUGCACUGCUCCUCAUUCGAUCACAAUAUCUCAUCAAUGAUGUGCGGCGCCGGGGACUCUUGCAAGCAGAGUUGCAGCAAGUCGGAGCAAAGAGAGGCAGAUCCGCACUCGGAGAACUUCCGGAUCUAUCCCUGGAUGAAGAGCUCAGCCUCAGACAGGAAGCGGGGGCGUCAAACGUACACCCGGUAUCAAACCCUCGAGUUGGAGAAAGAGUUUCAUUUCAACCGCUACCUCACCAGGCGGAGACGCAUCGAGAUUGCUCACGCUCUCUGCCUGACCGAACGCCAGAUUAAGAUCUGGUUUCAAAACAGGCGCAUGAAGUGGAAGAAGGAGAGCAAAGUCACCAGUCCCACCGAAGCGACCGAGGAAAAGCAAGAAGAAUGAAGGAACAAAUAAACUCUAAACACUUAGAGGCAUAAGCAAUGACUUUUUAAACAAAUGGAGGAAUUUGUUCCGCAUUUCUUAACACUGAAACAGAAUACUACCUAAAUCCGUAACUUGUAGUUUGUAUUAUACAGAUAGAGGGAAUAACCCAAGUCUAUAUUGUACAAGUAAAGGUAUAUAUAGUAUGUGCAUUAGGCUUUCUGGUGAAUUGUGGUGAAUUGGCCGUUACUGUAAUUAGCAUUAAUUUACCAUGUGUAUUUAAUGGGGGAACAAAAAUCAGUGACGUUAUAUUUGUUACUGUCUUGGUGUAAUUUCUCGUUUGUAAGUAUAGUUUCGAAAAGGAUCUAUGUGUAGUCAUAUCCCGUGUACAGUUUAUCCAUGUGUGUCCCGUAUCAACUCCUGUUAGAGUUAAAUAUAUAAAUUGGUGUUCUAGUCAAAGUGUUGAGGAUUAUUUCUCUGUACAUUUUUUUUUUUAAUAUUUAAGAAUGGACCAUUUCUGUUUUGUUAGGAUUGCGCGUUUUACCAUGGCGGAUGUAAAACUGUUUUGUGAAAUAAAAUGAGGACAUUUUU